AUGUCAAGUUUCGUGCCUAAUCCUCUCGAUGAUCGCCCCCCACCCUUGGGAGAGGAGCCAAAUCACCCUCAGGAUCCGGGGGAGACAAAUUUUGUCAUCAGUGCAGUGCUACAAGUCGUUUUCAAUAGCAUUCUGGCGAUGCUUUAUUGCGUCAUUACUCAACUGUUUCGUUUCGUGGCACCCUCCGUACUGGAUCCACUCGAUGAUACCAUCCCACCCUUGAGUGAGGAGCUAAGCCACCCAGAACAUCCACAGGACCAGGCAGAGAUAUACUUCAGUGAAAUACAACGCGUCGCCAUUACUUUGAUCCGCGCCACUGAUCUUACUCUUGGUCUCCGACGGAUACCAGCUGGCUUCCAUGUGACAGUACAGGCCGAUGGUGCCGAAUGGCAGACAAGCAACAAAUCUGCACAUGUAGACCAGCCUGUCGUCGAAUGGAACGAGCGCAUACUUCUGCCAUCAGAGCCAUCUUCGAAGGUUCUGGUCAAGGUUUAUGCCUCAUUUGAAUUAGAUCCCAUGCUCGGUCAUGGAGAUCUCCUCCGCAAAUUUGAGAUAUCCGUCGGAGAAUUACUGGAUCGCAGUGAAAGGUCACAACCUAUCAUCUUCCAGCCAAAGGCAGGGGAAGUCGUGUCCCCGUGUACAUCACUGUUGAUGACGGUGGAGCAGCGACGUUCUGAUGAAAAUGACACUGCAGUUCUUCGCCCCCUUUCUACCCUCACCUCCGGUGAUAUGAAGACACUAAUAUUAAUAACGGAUGCCGGACAUCGUCUCCUCGCACGAUACCGCAGGACGCAGAACAGCACGGAUCUCGAUCAAUCAAUAACACACUUCGAACGCGCCUCUCAUCUGUGCCCUGUUGAUAACCCCUGCCGCCCUGCAGCACUGUUCAAUCUAGCUACCGCAAAGUUCGUUAGUUGCCAGGUUAAUGGAACCUACCUCGACCUCGACAUCCCCAUAUCUCUCUUUGAAGAAGCCCUUGAUAUGCGUCCCACAGGUCAUACAGACCGACCUCUUACCCAACUCCAUCUUGCCAUCGCUCUGCUGUCUCGUUUCAUGAAACGGGGAUUUCAAGCGGAUGCUGAUGCGGCUAAAGAGUUACUGAAUGAAGUUCGCAAUGUCUCCCUUGCCAAUAGCCACCUAUCCAGAGCAGCUCUGCUUGCAAUCGAAACCUCUACCUUCGCCAGGAGCACCAAUACAAAUACACUUGAGGCGGAGGAGCCCAUUGGAUCCAUGCUUCCGUGGUCCCCGAAUGAACUUGCUCGUCGAGCAAAGUUAUGUUUGCGCACGGACGAUCCCUAUGCCCUGGAUGAAGUGAUAUCCCUUCAUUAUGAUGCGCUAGGAUACUACAGCACGGCGAAUGAUCAGCGAGGGCAAUUGCUGGGCAAUCUCAGCGUAAUGCUAUCUACCCGCUGGGAGCGUCGAGGUAAUGACCAGGACUUAGAUGAGGCUAUCGUGCUUCAGAGGGAAGCGCUGGCUUUGCGCCCGGUCGGUCAUACAGAUCGGUCCGGGUCAUUGAAUAACCUUGCAAAUCAACUCUGCAUCCGCUUCGAGCACCGAGGCAAUGACCAAGACUUGGAUGAGGCUAUCGUGCUGAACAGGGAAGCGCUGGCUUUGCACCCGGUCGGUCACACACAUCGGUCCUUGUCAUUGAAUAACCUUGCAAAGAAACUCUCCACCCGCUUCGAGCACCGAGGCAAUGACCAAGACUUGGAUGAGGCUAUCGUGCUUCAGAAGGAAGCGCUGGCUUUGCACCCGGUCGGUCACACACAUCGGUCCACGUCAUUGAAUAACCUUGCAAGUCAACUCUCCACCCGCUUCCAGCACCGAGGCAAUGACCAAGACUUGGAUGAGGCUAUCGUGCUUCACAGGGAAGCGCUGGCUUUGCGCCCGGUCGGUCACACAGAUCGGUCCUCGUCAUUGAAUAACCUUGCAAGUCAACUCUCCACCCACUUCCAGCACCGAGGCAAUGACCAAGACUUGGAUGAGGCUAUCGUGCUUUACAGGGAAGCGCUGGCUUUGCGCCCGGUCGGUCACACACAUCGGUCCACGUCAUUGAAUAACCUUGCAAGUCGACUCUCCACCCGCUUCCAGCACCGAGGCAAUGACCAAGACUUGGAUGAGGCUAUCGUGCUUCAGAGGGAAGCGCUGGCUUUGCGCCCGGUCGGUCACACACAUCGGUCCACGUCAUUGAAUAACCUUGCAAGUCGACUCUCCACCCGCUUCCAGCACCGAGGCAAUGACCAAGACUUGGAUGAGGCUAUCGUGCUUCAGAGGGAAGCGCUGGCUUUGCGCCCGGUCGGUCACACACAUCGGUCCACGUCAUUGAAUAACCUUGCAAGUCGACUCUCCACCCGCUUCCAGCACCGAGGCAAUGACCAAGACUUGGAUGAGGCUAUCGUGCUGAACAGGGAAGCGCUGGCUUUGCGCCCGGUCGGUCACACACAUCGGUCCAUGUCAUUGAACAACCUUGGAAGUCAUCUCUCCACCCGCUUCGAGCACCGAGGCAAUGACCAAGACUUGGAUGAGGCUAUCGUGCUGAACAGGGAAGCGCUGGAUUUGCACCCGGUCGGUCACACAGAUCGGUCCGGGUCAUUGAAUAACCUUGGAAGUCAUCUCUCCACCCGCUUCGAGCACCGAGGCAAUGACCAAGACUUGGAUGAGACUAUCGUGCUGAACAGGGAAGCGCUGGCUUUGCGCCCGGUCGGUCACACACAUCGGUCCUCGUCAUUGAAUAACCUUGCAAGUCAACUCUCCACCCACUUCCAGCACCGAGGCAAUGACCAAGACUUGGAUGAGGCUAUCGUGCUUUACAGGGAAGCACUGGCUUUGCGCCCGGUCGGUCACACACAUCGGUCCACGUCAUUGAAUAACCUUGCAAGUCGACUCUCCACCCGCUUCCAGCACCGAGGCAAUGACCAAGACUUGGAUGAGGCUAUCGUGCUUCAGAGGGAAGCGCUGGCUUUGCGCCCGGUCGGUCACACACAUCGGUCCACGUCAUUGAAUAACCUUGCAAGUCGACUCUCCACCCGCUUCCAGCACCGAGGCAAUGACCAAGACUUGGAUGAGGCUAUCGUGCUGAACAGGGAAGCGCUGGCUUUGCGCCCGGUCGGUCACACAGAUCGGUCCAUGUCAUUGAACAACCUUGGAAGUCAUCUCUCCACCCGCUUCGAGCACCGAGGCAAUGACCAAGACUUGGAUGAGGCUAUCGUGCUGAACAGGGAAGCGCUGGAUUUGCACCCGGUCGGUCACACAGAUCGGUCCGGGUCAUUGAAUAACCUUGGAAGUCAUCUCUCCACCCGCUUCGAGCACCGAGGCAAUGACCAAGACUUGGAUGAGACUAUCGUGCUGAACAGGGAAGCGCUGGCUUUGCGCCCGGUCGGUCACACACAUCGGUCCUCGUCAUUGAAUAACCUUGCAAAUCAACUCUCCACCCGCUUCCAGCACCGAGGUAAUGACCACGACCUCAAAGAGUCGCUAGAGAAUCUCCGCUGUGCUUUGGCUCUGUUGACACAACAUGAUCCUCGUCAAUUAGUAGUCCGUCAGUCGCUAGCCUCCGUAUAUCUGCUGGCCCAUCAAUCAGGCCUUGGCGAAGACACCGAGGGUCUGAAUGCCGCCAUGCAUCAUCUCAAGGUAGCAGCAAAUUCUGUCUCUGGCGGUUUGCUAGCCCGCCUGCGCACGAGUCUCAUCUGGGUUCACGAUGCUGAUAAACAUUCACAUGGCACCGAGCUCGAGGCUUAUGCAACUUCCAUGCAACUUCUGGACGCUUACAUGUCUGCAACAGCUUCGGUGUCAUCACGUCAUCAUAUCAUGAAGGAGUUCCCAAGCACACUCGCAGUCGAUGCUGCAUCAUGUGCUCUUCGCUGUGGCGAUGUGUGCCGUGCUGUAGAGCUGCUGGAACAAGGCAGAACUCUCAUAUGGACCCAGAUGGCGCGAUUCCGCACGCCUCUUGACAGCCUCCAGGACCAUGGCGCUGAUGCAGAGGCGCUGAUGAAGAAAUUCCGAGACCUUAGCUCCGUCCUUGAUCGGCCACCUUCGGAUCAUUCAGAAGGGACAUCAAGAGUCCACGUAGAAGCAGAAGCUACGGGGUACAGACGUCUAGUGGAGGAAUGGAGCACAGCUCUACAAGAAAUCCGGAAGAUCGAGGGCUUCGACCGCUUCCUACUCGCCCCCUUGUUCUCUGAACUUCAACGUGCCGCUCGUGAUGGCCCUAUCAUCAUUCUCAUUGCAAGCGAGUCGUCUUGCGAUGCAAUCAUCGUCCCACACAAUGACCCUCCUAUCACUGUAGGACUCGCUAUCACUGUAGAAAAAUUGGUGCAAUUGGCGAACGCACUCCAACGGACGGUGAGAAAUGAACAGGAGACACAAGCAAAGCUGGUGGAAACUUUGAGACAGCUGUGGGUCGACGUAGUGAACCCUGUGGUUGAAAAUCUCGCCGGAGUUGCAGAGCGAGGGUCGCGAAUCUGGUGGUGCCCAACCUCAUUAUUCAACUUCCUGCCUUUGCAUGCCGCUGGCGAAUACAAGGGCGGUGGAAAGUCGCUUUCGCAGCUAUAUGUUUCUUCAUACACUCCAUCGCUUACCGCGCUCAUCAAGGCUCGCAAACACCGUGACAGAGCACUGCCCGUGUCCUUCGCUGCCAUUGGUCAGAACCACCCCUCAGGACAUUCAUUUGCUUUGCCCUGUGUUGAGCCUGAACUGAACUUGGUGCAGAGGCUCCUACCCCCUUCCCCAACUGUGUCCUUCACCAAAGUCACGAGCAUCGAAUCAACAAAAUCGACCGCUCUGCGCACAUUGCGUGAUAACCACUGGAUCCAUUUUUCCUGUCACGGGACACAGCACUUUGCGGAACCCUUCAAGUCGGCAUUUCUCAUGCGCGACGAACCACUCCAACUUCUAGAUAUCAGCCACACGGAUCUGUCUCGGCACCAAUUUGCAUUUCUUUCUGCUUGUCAGACCGCAGUCGGUGUCCCCGACACUCCUGACGAAGCGAUUCACUUGGUGGCUGGUCUGCAAUUUUCUGGGGUGAAGAGUGUCAUUGGGACAUUUUGGAAUGUCAAUGACAGCACCGUGCAAAGCUUGGUCGAGGCAUUCUACAAGGAGUUUUGCGGAGAUGGCAAGAUGAAUUCAAAACGAGCUGCGCGAGCACUGCACAAAGCAGUCCAGUCGUUGAAAGACUUGCCCUUAGAGCAGCGCAUCGUGUUCAUGCACAUUGGCGUAUGA